AUGGCCAAUUUCGCCAGUAAUGGUUAUGUUUUGGCCAAGCCAUUCAUCGGCAAUGGUUAUGUGGUGGCUAAGCAAUUCGUCGGUAAUGGUUAUGUGGUGGUCAAGCCAUUCAUCGCUCUCCUCAUCCCUAUUUCCCAACCAUUUACACAAGCUCCUUCUUCUUCUUCUUCUUCUUCUUCUUCUUCUUCUUCUUCUUCUUCUUCUUCUUCUUCUUCUUCUAUGUCCUCAGUCUUUCUUCGUUUUGUAUUCUCCUCUCUUUGUUCGUUACUUGUCCUCCUCUCUUUCUUUGAUAUUCUUUCUCAAUCUCUUAAUCUGAUCCUCUUCCACCACUCUCUCCCCUCUCUCUCUCUCUCUCUCUCACUCUCUCUUUCUAUCUCUUUUGUAAUUAGAAAACUUUUCUUUUCCUCUUUCGCCUUUAUCUGUAAAAUUUGGGAAGCUCUUUCUCUUCUCUUUCUCUCUGUCUCUUUAUCCUCUUCAUUUAUUUUAGAGUUCUUUCUUUCUUUCUUUCUUUAUUUUUUUCUUUCUUUCUUUCUUUCUUUCUUUCUUUCUUUCUUUCUUUCUAGAAGUUCAAAUCGUUAUUUCUUUUCUUUUUCUUUCUUUCUUUCUUUCUUUCUUUCUUUCUUUCUUUCUUUCUUUCUAGAGUUCAAAUCGUUUCUUUCUUUCUUUCUUUCUUUCUUUCUUUCUUUCUUUCUUUCUUUCUUUCUUUCUUUCUUUCUAGAGUUCAAAUCGUUAUUUCUUUCUUUCUUUCUUUCUUUCUUUCUUUCUUUCUUUCUUUCUUUUAAAUUUCUUUUCUUUCAAAUUUCUUUCUUAUUUCUUUUCUUUCUCCAAGUCAGUCCAAAUCGUCAUUUCUUUCUUUCUUUUCUUUUCUUUUCUUUCUUUCUUUCUUUCUUUUCUUUCUUUCUUUCUUUCUUUUUUCUUUCUAGAGUUCAAAUCAGUUCAAAUCGUUCUUUUCUUUCUUUCUUUCUUUUUUCUUUCUUUUUAUUCUUUUCUUUAGAGUUCAAACCGUCAUUUCUUUCUUUCUUUCUUUUCUUUCUUUUUUCUUUCUUUCUUUCUUUCUUUCUUUCUUUCCAAGUCGUUUUACAAACCCUUCGCUUUUUUCUUUUUUUCUUUUUUCUUUUUUCUUUCUUUCUAGAGUUCAAAUCAAUUAUUUCUUUCUUUUCUUUCUUUUCUUUCUUUCUUUUCAUUCUUUCUUUUUUUUUUUUAUUUUUUCUUUCUUCACUCCAUUUACAACCCUUUUCUUUCUUUCAACAAUUAAUUUCCCGUUUCUUUCUCUUCCCAUUUAUUUUCUUUUUUUUUUUCUUUCUUUCUUUCUUUCUUUCUUUUUUCAAUAUCAUCUCCAUCGCCCUCGCCCUACUCUCUCUCUCUUUUUCUCUCUUUCGCUACUCUCUCUCUAUUAGCCUUACUUUCUACCUUUUUUUCCUCCUCUCCCGCCCUUCGCAACAAGCAAUAUUUCUUAAACCCGCUACCUUCUUCUUUCUUUCUAUUUGCCAUUCUAUCAAGUCAAAUACCACGCCUGAAAACCGCUUCUUACUUUUAAGCCGCAAAACGUCUACUAUCUAUCUAUCUAUCUAUCUAUCUAUCUAUCUAUCUAUCUAUCUCAUCUUUUUCUUAUCUAUCUAUCUAUCUAUCUAUCUAUCUAUCUAUCUAUCUAUCUAUCUAUCUCGGUAUUCUCAUUUCUAUCUAUCUAUCUAUCUAUCUAUUUCAAUCUUUUUCUUAUCUAUCUAUCUAUCUAUCUAUCUAUCUAUCUAUCUAUCUUUUCCCAUUAUCUAUCUAUCUAUUUCAAUCUUUUUCUUAUCUAUCUAUCUAUCUAUCUAUCUUUCUAUCUAUCUAUCUAUCUAUCUAUCUCAGUAUUCUCAUAUCUAUCUAUCUAUCUAUCUAUCUAUCUCUUAUCUAUCUAUCUAUCUAUCUAUCUAUCUAUCUAUCUAUCUAUCUAUCUAUCUAUCUAUCUAUCUAUCUAUCUAUCUAUAUGUACUAACGGACAGUCGUGUACUGGGGAGUCGAUGGUCUGCCAAUGAAUCUAUCUAUCUAUCUAUCUAUCUAUCUAUCUAUCUAUCUAUCUAUCUAUCUGUGUUCAUAGCUAGGAUGUAUCUUUCUCUCUCCCUAUUUCAGUUGAUUUACAUGUAUCAACAUGAAAAAUCAUCUGAUUUAUCUAUCUAUCUAUCUAUCUAUCUAUCUAUCUAUGUAUUUGAUUUACAUCUAUCUAUCUAUCUAUCUAUCUAUCUAUCUAUCUAUCUAUCUAUCUAUCUAUCUAUCUGUGUUCAUAGCUACCUAUCUUUCUCUCUCUCCCUAUCUCAGUUGAUUUACAUCUAUCUAUCUAUCUAUCUAUCUAUCUAUCUAUCUAUCUAUCUAUCUAUCUAUCUAUCUAUAUCUAUCUAUCUAUCUAUCUAUCUAUCUAUCUAUCUAUCUAUCUAUCUAUCUAUCUAUCUAUCUAUUCUAAGAAUUAUCUAUUCUAUCUAUCUAUCUAUCUAUCUAUCUAUCUAUCUAUCUAUCUAUCUAUCUAUGUCUGAUGAUGCAAAAUCAAUCAACCCAAUCUUUCUCCGUUUCAUUCUUUACAUAUUUCUCGGUAUUUUCUUAUCUAUCUAUCUAUCUAUCUAUCUAUCUAUCUAUCUAUCUAUCUAUCUAAGUCUGUCCCUUUCUCUCUCUCUCUUACACACACUGUCUCUUUCUUUCUUUCUAUUUUACUAUGCUCAUUAUCUAUCUAUCGAUCGAUCAAUCGUUCUAUCAAUCUCAGUCUGUCCCUUUCUUUUUCUCUUUCUAUCUCACUGUCUUAUGUACACUCAGUCUCUUUCUUUCUUUCUUUCUUUCUAUCUAUCUAUGUAUGUAUGUCAGUCUGUUCAUAUCUAUCUAUCUAUCUAUCUAUCUAUCUAUCUAUCUAUCUAUCUAUCUAUCUAUCUCAGUCUGUCCCUUUCUCUCUCUCCCUCUUUCUCUCUCUAUCUGACUGUCUUAUGUACACUUGGUCUCUUUCUUUAUUUCUUUCUUUCUUUCUUUCUUUCUUUUUCACUUUGCGCAUUAUCUAUCUAUCUAUCUAUCUAUCUUAGUCUGUCGCUUUCUCUCUCACUUACAUGCAGUCUGUUCCUAUCUAUCUAUCUAUCUAUCUAUCUAUCUAUCUAUCUAUCUAUCUAUCUAUCUAUCUAA